UUCACUGCUUUAUUGAAAUUCAGAAGAUUUGCUUGGUUGUGCAGGAUGCUGCAGAACACUAUGUUCCACUCCCACUCCAUUCAUCCUAACAUACAUGUGUGUACAUCGCAUGUUCUCCUCCCCAAAGCUCCCUGCAGUACAUAAUUUGUCGCAUGUGAGAUACAUCAUCUGAAUGCAUGGAGGCAACCUGUGGUGAAACUUCCAAGUAACUCGCCUUGCCGGGUGCAUUAGAGGACACGAAGCACCCAAUGAAUGAGCGGCUGCUCUGUCGAUGCUGCCGAGCGCUGCCGGUCGACACGCCCCCAGCAUGGAUACAACCAGCAGGAACAGGCGCUCAGGAGACACACUCACUAUGCUGGAGUGUGUAUGGAGCCGCGAUGGGAGUUAACACAUCCAAGUUUCUAGAGGUCCUGUUACCAGCGUCGUUGCACUAAACAAAGACAUUGGGUUUGUUUUUCUAUCUCUGCCUCUGUGUGUGUGUCUGAGGGGGCUUGUCUGCGUAUUUGUCCGAGGCGUUUCUCUCACAGGAUGUUGAUGAUAUUGGAAAGCCGGGUAAGAUAAUAAAGUCAGUUUUCUCUCUGAUGAGAACCACCUCUCUUCUUCUCCUCACCACCACACAAAGGGAACCACGGAACAACUACUUUUUUUUUCUCAUCUCUCGCAAUCAUUUUGAUUUUUUUUUCCUGAAUGUCAUUAAGGAGCAGAGGGGGCUGUUUCAAAGACAAAAUGGAUCACUUUGCAGCAGAGUGCCUUGUUUCAAUGUCCAGUCGUGCAAUUGUCCACGCGCCUAAAGGGAAUAGGGAGAUUAAACCAGAAAUCCCGUCCUCCCCCAAGAACGGAGAGGAGAUCAGAGAGCCUCUGGUGAAAGAUAACUCCUCUCUUUUUGUGGUGGCGAGGAUUCUGGCGGAUUUUAACCAGCAGACUCCCAACAAUGUUGCCGAGCACGCAAAAAUAAAGGAUGAGAGCAUGCCGGACCUCAUAGAUGAUGGAAACUCUGCCACACCUACCACCAUCUCCGAUCCUUCGUUCAAACAAAGAGGCAAAAGAUCGCGAGGUCGAACUGAGCAAGAAUCACCUCAGAAAAAGCACAAAUGCCACUAUUCAGGUUGUGAAAAAGUUUAUGGCAAAUCAUCCCACCUCAAAGCCCACCUAAGGACACACACAGGUCAGUUUCAUCGGAUGCGAAUGUUUGUUGCUUUGAACGUGACUUAUUGUUGCCUCUGUGUGAACGGCUGGGACGAUUAAAACUGAGAAGAGUGACAAGAAUUGUGGUUUUUGUCACAUGCAGAUGAUUUAUAAGUCGGAGAGGGUGACUGUAGCCUCCUGCGUUUUUACCGAGAUCUCUGUCAAAAUCAUCACGUAUCCUCCCUAAACGAGAAUACUUGACGCAGAAAGUGCAUUUCGGGUCAGUUUUGGCGCAUAGUUUGAGUAUUUGAUUGUUCCUCUAAGUUCUGUGAACUUUGUGAGAUGUACUUAAAAAAUUCGGGGGAGGGAGGGAGUCGAAAAUAGUGCCACUCCCACUCAAGUCCGCGAGCUUUGUCGCUGCUUUCCUCUUGCACCCCCUUCGCCUGCGUCGAGCUGUGUGUGUGGGCCUACGGAUCGAAAAUGCGGUGGAAAUGCGCACAGACGAGGUUUGUACAGUUCGUGAAGUUUAGUUCGUUUCACAGCGAGAUGAGAAAAAGACACGUACAGCGCGACAACCAACUCUGAACAAACAAGGACUUGCAAAAGUUUGUUGGUGAGCUCCGUGUACCGACACACUGCGGGGCCAAGAGCGUCCAAACGUGCGUCAGAUCGGCCAUGCUUUGUGUUAGUCUCCGCUCAAGCGCCAUACCUCCAUGCUCGAUCUUUGCAUUCCGCAGGACGGGUUAAAAAAAGGGGGGUAAACGAUGUAGAUUGACUGAAAUUGUGGGGUUGAUAAGGGCUAUGCAGUUCCCUGUCUGCCCAAAGCCCUUUGUUGUGAUGUGCCACACCCCCGCUAGACAGCCUGCCAGCUGAUCUGGCCAGCAACAGACUCAGCUAGCUGAGCCUCGACGGAGGAGCCUCUCCUCCCCUCUCUGCUCUGUAGACUGCAGCUCAUGCACACCCCCUCUUUCCCACCGAUACCCUCCUUUCUUCCCAUACAGAUAUACAUACAGCAGAAACAAAACACUUCUCUCUGGAUCAUAUGACAAAGGUAGGGUGGUAGCUGCACAUACACAUGCUAUACUACAGAAGUAUAUGAAAGAAAAACACACAUUCCCUCAUGUGAAGCUUAUAUCGAGACACUAAGCCUGUUUGUCUCAAUAUUCAAAUCCAGGACACAUCUAUACAUUUCAAAAUCACCUGAUCUACCAUCUAAUAUAAGAAUCUCUGUAUGUCAUGAUUAAAAUCAAAGCAUAUCUGUGCAAUAGGAGAAUCCUACUCUGGAAAUAGUACAUUUUAGCUGCAGGGACACAGACUGAUUUGACUCUUGAUCACUAUACAGAUCAAUUCACAGGAAUAGCACCAAAAUACCUUUUUGUGUGUGUGUUUUCUGCAGCUGUAAUUAUGACUAUGUGCCCUGCCUUUGUCUCUUUCCAUGUGAAGUUUCUUCUUCCUUGAAGAAUAGAUCCUCUUUGUCUGUCUUUCUGAUUGGUAUGUGUCCUCUAAUUUCUCAUAAAAAGGACAUUUUCUGCUAAUUUGAUUGGUUAGUCAUGGAACGUGAGUCAUCUCAGUUCAGCUGCCUUGUCUCAGCCAAACUUGCAGCAGCGCCCUCAGAGAGCACACACUGUGCUUUCCCUCAGCCCCAGCUGUGUGUUUUUAGUGCACUGUUACUGCUCUGUAUUAGCCCUACCCUUGUCUCUUUGCCUAUUGAGUGUUUCCUUUAGCCUGCCUUUCUGUUUGGAUAUGCUUAGCCGUCUGGCUUCAUGAUUGGUUUGUGUCCCAUAAAUUCUGGUAAUUGUGGCUCUUUCUGCUUAUUUGAUUGGAUAGUCCCAGAAUGUGGGUCAUCUGAGUUCACCCCGGCUGCCUCAGCCAACCUUGCAGUGCUUUCAUAGAGCCAGACUCUCUCAGUGUGCUUCCCUUCAGCCCCUACUAGCAGAGUCAGGAGAGAAUGGAUCCCAGCCAGUCCCCGCCAAACACCGCUAUCUAAUUGAGGGGGGGGGCACUGUUAUAGACACCAAACAAAGAGCCGGGGACUCGGUGUCCUUACUUGACUCCUGAAACGCCCAUGCGUCAUCAUCCCAGAUUCUGCAAUGUGUGUUUGUGUGUGGGAUUUUUCAGAGAAGAGGAGCUGAAACAUGAGCCAUGUUGAUUUUUUUCUUCCAUAUCUGCAGCACAUAAAAACCUUACCCACUAAAAGGUUAAAAUAGACUUCACCCAGCUUUGAUUUCACGAUGUAAGGCACCAGCUUUCAUAUUAAGGGAUGCAAAGCUUCAAUUUAAGGAUGUUUUCUUCUGUUUUUUUUUGAUGACAUUAGAUAUUCAAUUUUUUGAUUACUUUUCAAUGGGUUUGGUUCCUCUUAAUCAGAAUCAGCACGAGGAUCAUGUGGUGUCUCCUGCAAGCUCCAGAAAGAUUACAAGGGCUCUAUAAUUUUCUUUACUGCUUUUCUAUGAAGAUUAUUGAAGAUAUAUUUGCUGAGGAUUUUAGAGUCUCUAUUAUAAGUUUUAAGUCGCUGCUACCUUAAAUGAACAUUGAUUUAUUUCAGUUUGGUCAGUACUCAAAGCAGGAAAAAAACAAAUGCAAAAGACUCUCGACAGCAAUUUGAUUUCCUGCCAACAUUCGGAGGACUACCCAUAGUCCUCACCGUGAACAGCUUUUUUUUGUGUGUGUUAUGUAAUCUCUCCUCACAGAUUUCAUCAUAUGAUACAGAACUGGCUAUAGCUGAUCAUAGUGGUAAUGUUGUAUACAGAGCAAAGAGAUGAAAUACAUCAGCUAUAAUACAAUUCUUGAGCUCAUAUGCCAUCAUUUGACAAAUAUUUAGCUUUUCUGUAAUCUCUGAAAUCAGGUGUAAAUUAAAGCACAGGUAACCAUCCAGUUUUGGACACUGUUGCCAAACCCAAUCUGUAUCAAUACUUUUCAAGGCAUUAGCUGGAUGGAAAACAAUAACCAACAAAUGGAAACAAAAGUCUUUGUCAGAAAUUCUUACUGCCAGUUAACCUGAAGGUUCUUUGUCAUUUUCAGGGGCUAAAUUUAUCUGGACAUUUUAAGGGGAAUUUUUAUGUUUCUAUCAGCAAAAGCUGUGAAUGCUACCAAUAGAGCCACUUUAUUUCAUCCUCACUUUCAUUACCCCUAUGCUAAGGUAGCUAGCUUACCUACUACAGCAUGUGUACGGGUCUCUAUCGCGGCUGAUCCAGAGCGACUAAUUUCUAGCUGUUGAAAUGUUUGUUUGUUGUGGCUAACAACUAGCUAAAGCAGAGCUAGCACCACCAGCCUUUGGUCCUCCUUGCAGGUUAACAUCCACUAGCUGGUCACAGAUUGCAUGGGCUAAGUGGUAAUACACAACAUACAACCUACUUUUUUUUCAUUUUGAAGAUCAAAAUACUGAGAAAAAAAUUGCAACAAAAUGCUAUCCAUCAUCGAUACUUGUUUCACAUCCUUUGUAGCAUCAUGGGUGUAGCCUUUAACCGGAGCGAUGGCCUUGGCCAGGGGCAGGUGGCUAAGCUAGAGCACAGGAACAAUGUACGACUGGCAUUUUGGGCCUCUGUUGACAAAAACAUUGGGAAGUCGUCAACAGUGCAUUGAUCGGUCAACAGACCAUCCCUUCUUGUGCCACAGUGAAUCCCAAGUAACCCUUUUUUGGGGUCCAUGAAGGUUGGAAAACUGUGCCCUAACUGCUUAGUUGAAAUGCAGUCUAUUUUGUGUUAUUUAAGGGUUCAAACACUUGUCUUCUUAAGUGUUGUGUUAACCUGGACACCAGGGUGUUGCAGAUGUAGGAUAACAUGCUGAACUGAAUCUGAUGGUGUGGAAUCCACCAAAGUGGGUUAGGGUGCAGUGUACAAAGUGGAGUCAUGUAACGCAAAUGUGCAGAUAAACUCAUCUCUAAAUGGACCAAAUGUAUUUCAGUCUAUUGAGUCUUUCUCUCGAGAUUUUUUUGUUCAUUUUUUCUAAACUUUUUGUCUUGAGAAGCAUAAAAACCCUCUCAACAAUGAGGACCUGCUUUUCUGAAAGGUGUCCUGUGCUUGAACAGAACAUUUUGUUCUCACUGAAGCCUCAUUACUCUGCCCUGGUCAUGUCAUGCACACAGCCAUAUCCAAAGGAGAGAUGGCCCCUGACAAGCUCAUUACAAGUCGUGUCUUCUUCAGAAAGAACAGCCCGGGCCUUCUGUGCCCCCCACAGCUGGGCCUCACAAAAGGCCAUCUUGUCAGUGUGUGAGACCUAUUUGAAAACCAUUUUGAGGCACAGGGAGGAACAGGGUCAAUGUAUCUCAAAGACAAAGAGCCUAAUAACAUAUUUUACAGUUGGAUUGAGGUUUUGUUUGGACCUCUUUUGUGUUCUGCUGGGGGUACCUCCAAUUCUCUGAAAUGCUUGCAAAUCCCCGUCCUAAAAAAUAACCGGCACCACCUGGCAGUACAGUUCAGCCGUCGUAUAGACCCAGUUAUUCAUGCAAGCUUUCUAUUUUCAGCCAAAUGACUGCGGUCAAUGACACUUUUUUAAAACAUGAAAUUAUCCAAAUUCCACAUGGAAAAGAAGCAGUAGUCGCUUCUUUUAAAUAUGGUGUUUCUUCCAGUGGCUUUAUAUUUGGCAGCGCUGCUACACAGAGUACCCAGUGUUCCUGUGUGGCUGGUGGCAGUGAUGAGGUAGCAGGGCGGAGAUGGGGUUUUCCUGCUUCUGCUCUAGCCUGACCUUGGCACAGCAGUGGAUAAAAGUUGUAGUGAAGCAUAAAAGAUCAGUCUGUCUACCUGCCACGCUCCCCCCCACCUAGUUAAUCUGAUGGUUCAUAAAAGUGUCAACGGUAAUUUCCAUUUGACCUCAUUCAGCGCCAUUAAAAAAUAACAUUUUUUAGCCAUAAAACUGGUCUGUCAGUACAACUCUUUGAUGUGGACUAACAGGACAUGGAUUGCCUUAGAAAAUGUACUAAAAGAUCAUAAAUGAUGUAUCUCUUUGAUUAAAGACUUCUACUUUUCUAGGAUAUAUCAACUCCAACCAAUAUAGUGGUCACCAAAAUCUCUUCCAAAGGUUCAAAAUUACCAGGUGGUCAUACUUGGUGAUGCUCCCAUUACCAUGACAUUGUGUUACCAAGAGGUUCACAUUUCUGGUUUUACGGGUAACUUCUCCAAAACUGACUUAUGGAUGCAAAGGGAUUUAUUAUAUGUCACCCUCUGUGAGAAUGGACCAUUUUCACACAGAAGCUAUUUUACUCUGACUCAGCGUGGGAAGCUUAGAUGCUGUCAUAAGCACACAGUUGUGUACUAUGCUACUCUAUUGUGUUGUAGACAGGAAGUCUUGUAAAUUAAGUGCAUCUAAAGCAUCAUCAACUGCUUCUGGAUGGAACAGAAAUCGAGGAGACAACAAUAGUGAAAACCACUGAAUGUACAACGUUACUUCACCUUUGCCUAUUGUGAGAUGUGAAGGAACCUCCUCGGUAGACGUUGACAUUGGUUGCAACAUGACUUGGCUAUUAGGGUCACAGGACUGUUCUCUCACACUAUUUGCAGUCCAGAUCUGAGCCAGAGGAGAUUUGGUAUCUCAAUGGGAAUCCUCUUGGUAAAACCCAUUAGCUAAAGUAGAAAACAGCCUAUGUUACCAAUAACAUGCUUUCUAAUUGACGUUACAGUUUGCUGAAAAAUGGCUUAAAAGUUCUACACAAUUUUACAAACAACAGGUCAAUUAUCUGGGUUAUCUAGAAUAUCUUCAUUAGUCCCAUCCCAGAAGUGGUUCAAUCUUAGAAAAUUGGUUGUUUUAACUUUAUUAAAGUCCUUCCAGAUUUUCAGUACCAAUUCAUAUCACAUGGUAAGCACAUGACUAUUUUUAGACAUGUGUUGGUGUGCUGAUGUAAGUGCUUAAAGCAUGUUUGAGCCUAACAGGACAACUAUGAUAACUUUAUGCUCCUUGUUUUGCUAUAAAGGUUCUUAUUGACAAAUUUUAUGAUUUUUGAUGUAACUGUGGAACACAUUGGCCUAAAAACAGCCUUUUCUAAUGAAAUCUGUCGGGCUUGUGAAGAUUAUUUAUGUCAGUUAGUUUGUGUCCAUUGGAAGCUAUGCAUUCGUUAAAUCUACUUGAUCCAUGGGAUGUACAUAAAACCAAAGUGGGGCCUCCAUCUUGUCUUCUGUAAUCCUCUAAUGCAGGGUUACUGUAGCAUGACAGACUUUAAGGCCUGCACUGUCCAUAUGCUGUGCCUGAUUUGGACACGUAUGGUUCACAGUAGGAUAGGUCCUCCGUAAUGUUGGACUUUACACAAGAUUGAACUGUGAUUAUGCAGACAAGUAUACAUGCUGGACACUGAAAGGCCCCUGUCAGGCAGUUCACUGGCUUCGGUGCUUUCACUGGCCCAGGGGGGUCAUGUAUUCUUUAGUUAGCUCUGGAGUAGUUCUAUAAAAGCGGCUCUGUGCACGUCCCCAUCAGCCCCUCCCACUCUGCUCCAGCUUGCGAAGCAGAAUAGGUGCUCGAGCGUGUUGUGUUGCGAGGCCGAGCCCUGGCCACGGCUUGAGGCGUGGUGUUGAUUACCGCUGGCAGGAAGAGAAGGAUACAGACCUGUGGAACAGUGUGCAUUUUUCUCCCCCACUGUUCAGAAACCACCAACCACAUCUUGCAUGCAAGGGAGGGAUCUGCAGCACAAAGAUGGAGAAUAUACAGUGCAGCAGGGUGGGGGUGGGGUUAGAUACCAGGAUAUUCACUGUCAAUGCCCUCCAUUGAUGUAGGUCAUUUAUUCAGCUACAUCUGCAGCUAAUCUGAUUAACGUUUGAAGGGCUGUGACCUCUGCAGCAGAAAACACCCCUGUCAGCCAGCACUCACCACGUCCCAUCUAAAGAGGUAUACUAUGACUUAGCUCCAGAAGGGAGGGACAAAAUUACUGUGAAGCUUAUGUCAAAGGGAGUGUUUUGUCUCCAGCUCUGCUGUUUAUGUUCCCCAUGGUAUGUAAGGUGUGUUUCUUCUCCCUGCACGAUAAAUCAGGCUGUGGCAGACCACGACACGCUUGGGUGUGGCCUUCAGAAACAAGAUGAGGAGUAUUUUGUGUAGUCUUGGGGGAAGGGGGGCACCAUAAUUUUCUGUAGACAUGAAAAUGUUUCUCUCUCUCACACACAUAUCAGCGUAUCAGGUAUAACUUAAGAAGGCUGGCUCUGUUAGCAGCGAGUAUCUCCUCGUAUCUCAGUGGAGUGAGACCUCUCAGGUUCUAGCCUGGCGACGUGUCUUUUGUUUGGUGCUGGGUUGUAGGCACAUCUAUCUCAUAUGAGCUGUAGUGUCAGACUGCAUCAGGGAAUGAGCUGGCGUUGUACUGCGUGAGUGAGAGUCAUGGAUGAUGAGGCAUCCCUGCUCCCACCUGCUUUUUGCGGACCAACUAUAAACACCCAUUAAUGGCAGCAGCUGUUAGCAUGUUCUUAGUUAACCAGUGAUAAGGAGACUGCCUGUAACACAUCAAGUCUGCAGGUUGUUUCAGAAUGCACUCAAGGCUGAAACAGAGUGCCCACUUUAGCUAAUUGAGCAAAAUUUGAUGAGCUGGUCAAUGCAGGCGAGCCAUCACUGCUUUUUCUUUAAAGAGUCAGGGUGGAUGGAGUAAUGUAUGGCUAAGUGUGUGCAGGAAUCAGACGGUCACACUCGACCCUGCUGCGUGUCUCCAGGUGAAUGUCAAUAGCUCUUUGCAGCACAGACCAAACGGAGUGAGUUACGGUUAGUACGCACAGACCAUCCGAUUGAAAUGCAUUACGGGAGUGCCUCUCCUGCUGGGAUUGAGGCUGCCGCUAUUGUUCAUAACCUGACAGCUAUAGGCCCACAAGGGGAGGCAGGCUUUUCAACAGCAAGUUAGGUCCCUUGAAAUAAAGACAAAAGAUGAUUCUACAUCAAAUGUGUCCUGUUUUUUUUUUUCAGAGUUCCCUCAUUACAAGCCCAGUCUAGUCUGAACCAUGAACCCAAGAGACCUUUAUUAUUCCAGUAGAGACACCCGAAGGCCUGAUUCACAAAAGGACUUUGUGACUUUUGGGUACAUGUAGACGGUGGAAAUGAACCAUAAAGACAUUGUCCAUACUUGAAACCACUAAUUCUAUUGAAUGCAGAGGAAGUCUUACCCGGGAUUUUUACAGCAUCCGGAACGGGCUCUGAUCCGGAACGGAAGCAGUUUUUGCCGUACGCCAAUUCCUACCGGAUGGGUUUGUGAGAGGAAUUUCUUGGCUGAUUACAUAUAGCAGUAAUCGUGAGAACUCACAAGAACCCGCGAAUUCACGUGCAAUUGCGCAAUAACAAGUUGCCUCUUAGCCACAGAGGCUAACCAUAAAAGCAGUCUCCUCAUCCAUGGUGUCAUCAGGGUGAAAUGCUGUCUAAAAACCUUUCACUUAUUCGUCUCCGCCCGUUUGCAUGGUGUGAAAUACGAUCUGCCUGAAACACGGAUUGUUUUAUUUUGAAAAGAAGCCAGAUGUUUUUAUUUGCGUCUGUGCCCGACUUCCGUUCCAGUACGGGUUAAUCUGUGCUGAAUUUAUCCGGCAUGCUCUGGCAUCCGGAAAAAAUAGAACUCUUACGAUCAGCUGAGUAGUCCGGCGAUUGGCAGUGGAACAGAAAGAAUCUGGUGGAAAUUGAUACAUUAGCUUGAAUGGUUACGAUCCGCUACGAUUGGUGGAUACAGCCUUUUUGUAGCUGUUCCGGAUGCGGUGGAAAUCGGGGGUAACUCCUCUGCAUUUGAGAUAGAUAAAGGCCCUGCAACAACUGAAUUGAACCAGAUUCACUAUCAUUACUUUGGCAGGAUUUUAGCUUCUACGGUUAAAGUUAGCAUCCAGCCACUCAGCCACUUAUUUGACAAUAUAAAAGCUGCAGACGAGCCCAAGUCCCUAAAUGUGACAUCACAGGAAAAUGGCUGCCAUGUGGUGGACAGAGAGAUGUGUUUAUGUCAAUUCCUCCCCUCUCAGUCUUUGUAAAUCUUUAUGUGGACAAUAGUCACAUAAGUGGUUUCUCUGAUCUUGGACAUGUUUCAAAUCAAGCUGGGAUUGUUGUUUUUUUCCCCUUAUUUUUGCAGACUGCAUACCUUUGUAAGCCUUUGUUGUUCUUUUUGCACAGCGAAGCCUGCGCGCAUACUGCUGUGAGAACAAUGGAAAGUAGAGCAGUACAAGCCUCAAUGUAUAGUUAGUGUAGCAAACACACAUGUUAGUGUUUAUGUCUCCUUGGUAUGAUGUGAUGUUGUCAGGAGAAGUCGAGGCUGGCUAUGGUUGGGCUUUACUCUGAUGAGAGACUCUGCAGUUAUUUCAGCAUUAUCCAAAAUCCCAUGAAUGGUUGUCUGCCGGCUCUCGCUCGGUUACAGGUCAAAGCCUGUUGUAAACAUGUGACCAAAUUACAGGAUUUCACUGAGCCCCUCUACUAGAGAUAGCAGUGACACUACUUUUUUUUUUCAUAUGGCCAAGCUGACUGUGCUUCAGGUUUAGCUCACUCCUGACUUCUUAAGAAGCUGUGAUCUGUGGUGUGACACUAGUUUAACUUCCCUGUCUUGAGCCGUGUGCUUGUAAAUUUUCCAUGCAUGUUAAGUGAGCUGCUUUAUUUGUUCUGAUCUCUGUAAAUCUUUAUACUUCCUGUUCUGGUUCUCACUGAGCGCACCGAGCAAAGUGAGCUUCAAGGAGAUAUCUGAUGCAUCCACAGGAACUUGACAUUUUACCCCCUCCUUACCCUGAAGAGCUAUUUACUCGAGCUCUCUCAAGGCACGCUCACAUGCAGGUUGAAGCGGUACACUGUGUGAAUUUGGCCCCUGCUAGAGGACAGACCAGGAAUGUUAUCUGCUCGUGUUUGAAAUGCUGGUAGCUGGAGCAGGUGACUUAGCUGGGCUCCUGCGCCACUGCUCACGUCAAAAAAGAGAUUUGAUCUCGCCUUCACCGACAGCAUCUCUUACACCCGGGAGAGCGACUCGGAUUCCAUUUCUCUGAACCAUUCCUGCAGAAACGGAGGAGCUGGACUUCUCAGAUAUGAAUGAGAGAAGGAUGAGUGAGAGAAGCAGAGAUGAGCUGUUUAUUUACUGACCCAGUGGCCUCAGAGAGAACAGUUAUAUAACAGGAGUACCUGUGACAUAAUCACAUUUCCUUGGAGGGGGGACACUAGCGCUUAGUUAGAGGUACAGUUUGUGUGUAUGAUGUAACUCACUUAACCGGUAACUGGGUCACUGUGUUCGUUAGGGAAAAGCUUCCCUCAUUACGCGACCCCCUCGCCCAGUGCAACUGACACAUUCUGAGAAAGGCAAACCACACCCUCGAUGAGGACGCUGCCAGAGACAGGAGAGCCAAUUGGCGGCGCCCGGCGUCACGAGCGGCACCGUUCCCCUGCUGUGACAGAAGUGGAGUUGGAUUGGAUCGAGAGCAGGGUAAAGGGAGUCGCUUGCAGCAUUCCUCUUUCAGCAGAGAUGCUGAGUAAUAGCUGCAGUCUCCUGAAAUAUCUUGCAGAGUGACAUCCUCCUACCACGCAGGGUGAUAGCCCCUAUCAUCAUCGUUUCCACUCUGGAUCAAAGUGUCUGCUCCUUAAACCUCCCCUCUCUUUGCAGAAAUGUUUUUCACUGCAACCACAGAAAUGAUAAAUAGGGCGCUGCAUGCUUUUUUAUGAAUCUUUUAAAGCUGACAUUAAAGCAGCAGGAUUUUUAAUCCAUAUUCAUAUUGUUGACCUAAAUGCUAAAAGCAGUUUAGCGGGAGGUGAAAACAGGCAGUCUAUCUCUUAAUUCUGCAUUUCCAAGAAGUCACAGAGCUCUAAAUAAUUUGCUGCGUCCCAGUGAGUUGCUGUUGGAUACCUGAUGCUUCCACAAUGACUGCAUUACUGUAUCAGCGCAGUCAGACUGGAUAUCUCAGCCUGGCUCUCUGGUGUCUGUUUAAAUAUUAAUGGUGUUGGAUCCGUUACACUGGUUAUUGAGCCUUAAGCAGUCCGCAGAGCUAAGCUCUACUUUUUAGCCAAUAACUCAUUUUGCAGUGCCAGGAGGCAGCACAGGCUGCUUCUCCUGCUGCUAUGAGGUAUGAAAUUUGAUUAUCAAGAGUCCGUUUAAUGAUUAUUAGGGUUUUUUUUUUUUUCAAUGGGUUUACUGCCUUAGGAAUUAAACUCCCUCCUUCUCUCCGGGGUAUUAUCCAGGAUGUAAACAGGGUCAAACAACCACAGCCUGCUCAUUUUUUAUGAAUUGAACACCAUGCAGAGCAGAUGGUUUGUUUCUUUGUUGCGCCGUAGCUUGAGCAGCAGACAGUGAAUGGUGUAGAUAUUUUUGGAAAGGGGACUCUGGACUUGAAUGCAAAUGUCAAUGUCAGUUAGAGAGUUUACACACACGCAGCCCUGUAUGGGCCCGCAGGAGCCGUUGAGGGCAGGGCAGCCUGAGUUUGUCUGCUGAGGUGAGGCGUCAGAGGCAAAAACACAGACCGGGCUGUCUAGACUUGCUCUGUCUGUCUGCAUGUUUUGUAACCAUGCAGUAUAUGGGGGGAGGGACGCAGACUAUUAGUGCACUGAGUUCUUUUUUUGAGACUCAUUGGCAUCAGGUAGCAUGUGAGUGUUUGACGCUGAACGGCACUGUUUCCAUUGUGGCCCUGAGGGAAGGCGCAGAACAAAGAACGCAUUUCCUGGUCUUAUGUUCUCGCUUGUCAUGCCACCCAUAAGCAUUCACGCGUCUUAUCUCUUAUUCCUUUUCAUACCCCGGAUCUCACCCCCCCCUCCUCGCACAUGCUUACAUAUUAUUCAUAUUCACAAGAAAAGAAGCAUAACAUUAAAGGAUAUGUCCUGCCCUUCUCUAUAGCACUGCAAUGUCACGCUGGUAAAAUUAGAAGCUGGAUGUGGCUAUUGUCAGGCAGAAACUCACUGAAAUGGAAGUAAACGGAAUACAGUAUUAGACGUAGAGGCCAGUGGAUGCAGAGAGCAGCAUUCAGGCUCCACGCACAGUUUCCACAUCAGAAUAGAGGGAAACCACAAUAUAUAGAACCAUCUGGCUUUGAGUAGAUUUAUGUCAGAACCCACUUUUAUUGCCUGAUGGAAGGGGGAAGGGUGUAAUUUUCCCAUGUGCAGAGUCACAGAUAGUUGCAUGUUGGAAAAUGGGUUGGGUAACCAUUGUGAGUGUGAUAAGCAUCUGGAGCUGAGAUAAUUAAGCUGCACGUACGUCUCUAGCACAGCACACAUUUUGAGAAGAUAUACUGUAACGCUCAUCGCUAAGGCACCCCAACUUUUCCCUCAUGUUUUUAUGCUUACUAUGAAGAUAGUUUUGACAUCCUUCCCUUUAAUGACCCUCAAGACCUGACAGUGGAUUUUGAUUAAUUUACUCAGAUGACUCAGAGUCUGUCACCAGCACAAUGUCCUGCAGGAAGCCUAUUUUGUUCUUUUCAAAGUGUUUUUAGGUGUGUAGGGUAGUCCUCACGGUUUGUUAACCUGGAAACACCUCAUUAUGAAUCGUGUGUCUCACUGUGUUGUGUGUGAUGUUUGGUACACGUUGAGUGCCGGACUAUGUACAUGUCAUGUUUGAUUUGUCAAAAGCUACUCUCACUGUGACUAGAAAUAACACUAAAAAGCCUUUUUAGAAGACAUUGUUAACAGGCCUGUGAUUAAAAACUUCAACAGAGUCAUGCUGUCGUCCUUUGUUGGGACUCACAAGUCCAAGUCUGGGGUAAUUGACACAGGUUGGCCCAUCCAACUUUAAAUCAUGUUCCUAAUCUUCAAUCACACCAUUUUUGGGGGCAGUCAAGGGGCGUUGAGAUAGUUAAAAAAAAGAAAUAUAAAUUUCAGCAGCAGUGUGCUAAUUCAAUUAACUUUGAUUAUAAAAUAGGGUGACCAUACAUCCUCUUUCACCCGGACAUGUCCUCUUUUUUGGGGGCUGUCUGGGCUCGUCUGGCUUUGUCCAGGGAAGUUUAUAAAAUCCUUCAAAUGUCUGCAGUUUUGUACAGAAGUUUCGAGUUUGUGUCACAUGGACUUAGUAGAAGAUACUCGAUCUGAAUCGAAAAACUCUCAAAAUGAACUUUGUGCGACUCUGUGACUCUUUUUGGGAAGUCAGAAUCUGGUCACCCUAUUAUAAAAAUACAAACACUGGGAAAACUAUGGAGAAAUAUUUAGAAGUAUGGUGACCUACAAGGGUUUGAACAUGGAACAGUAAAUUGGUUUUCCACAUGGAGAAAAAGACCAAACAUUAAACAAGAUGAUGAAACACAAACAACACAACAAAACAAAGACCUGCCUCUUUUUUCAAUGACAGGCUUCAGUUCCAGUUAGUGCUCCCUCUAGAGGCCUGGAGUAUUUCUGUUAUGAUGCUGUGCCUUCUGUUGUUUUUGUUUUCAGGGUUUGUAUGAUUUGCAAAGUGAUGCAUUUUUUGUUUAUUUAACUUUGGUUUAGGAUUCUGCGUAUGUGAAUUUUCAUUUCAUUGACUAGAUAAAGAGCUUUUUUUUUCACUUCACUAUCUUGUACUUAAACAUUUCUCCACCCCUCUGUGUGUUACAGGAGAGCGGCCUUUCCCAUGCACCUGGCCCGACUGCAGUAAGAAGUUCGCCCGCUCUGAUGAGCUUGCCCGCCACUACCGCACCCACACAGGGGAGAAGAAAUUCGGCUGCCCGCUCUGUGACAAGCGCUUCAUGCGGAGUGACCACCUGAUGAAGCACGCGCGGCGCCACUCAGAUUUCCAGCCCGGCAUGCUGAAGAGGCCCCACAGCGGCAACGGAGGCAGCACCCCACGUCCAAGCUCUCUCAGCGACUACAGCCGCUCGGACGCCUCCAGCCCCACCCUCAGCCCCACCCUCAGCCCCGCCAACUCGCCUUAAACUGAAAACCCGGUCGCACUUUCUGCCUCUGUCCUGGGAGGCCUGUGUUUUUGUCAUAACACUUGUGUUGCACAGUUGUCAGCAGCCCCCCUCCCUUUGCUAUUCCUGCGCUUGCUGUGGUGUACCAUACUGUACAUAACUGCUUAUUGUAGUGCAAUUACUUGUGCGAUCCUAAAAGAAGGUAAUGCCUUUCCCAGACGGCAAUAUUUACAUUCUGUACCAUAUGUCUGUAUUUUUUAGCUUCUGAUCAUGGCUAGUUGUCCAAUGUAUGUCUGCAGUCAGCGAAACAAGUUUAGAAGAAAAGAGAAACAGACACCCUGACAAGUCUUAUCAAAACAGAUUUCUUUUUUUUUUUCUUUUUAGUUUUGUUUUUUCUUCUCGUUUGAGCGGGUGCGGAGAAGGGGUACACACACACACACACACCUCAGGAUUGAAGACAGUUGCUAUUUCUGUAAUACCACAGUACUUUUAACAGUACUCACAUUGACUGCACAAUAUACUCAUCACUUUACUCUGAAAUUCAACAGGGGGUUGAAUUUUACGCCCUUCUCAGGGAUGGCCUUGUUAGCUUGAAAGAAUGAACACGGAGAAGAGAAACAUACAUAUAUAGCAGCCUUACACUCAACACAAUUUGCACUCUUUGUUUUUUGUUGGUUUUCACGUUGGAGGAAACUCGCCCUGUGCGUAUACGACCGAUCGUAGACAGGAUGCAUGUUCAUUGUUUUCCUUUGUGUUGUUGGGGGUUCAAAUGUGACAUAAUUGCUGUUUGUUGACCCCCAAAACACCCACCUUUAAAAAGCAAAAUACAUCUGUUCCUUCACUGCGACCCUAAUAUUCAGCUGCUGUUACACUGGGUUCAACAUGUGUUUGGUUACACAACGGUGUGCAGUGUAUACUGUGUAAAUCUGCAUUAUGGGAGGACUGGGAUUAAACUGGGUUAACAGUUUCAAGAAUUAUACUCAGCUGAGGGAACUUUACACCCUUUAAAUGGAGACAGUCAAGUUUCAGAGCAGCUGUUGAGUCUUUCUUAAAGAGCACUGUGUCAUCAGCCAGUGUUUCACUCACAUCACGGACACAAAGGGACUUUAGUUGGAACAAUGUUUAUCCAUCUCUGAAGCACAUAGGAAAAAGUACCAAAGACAGAAGUGAAUGAAAGCCUUCUUUCAGUGUCGUGAACCGCCCUUCACUGAGGCCUGAGGCCGCUGCUUGGCAGUAUCUCAGGUAGGGCCAGACAGCCUGCUCACUUUCCUCCCUCCUGCCUUUUGUGGCCUCCCUGGAGGAAACAGCUGCAUCCCACAAGAAGUCAUUCACAGCCUUCAGGAGGAGUGCUAACAUGCCAUUCCCGGGGAAGUCCUCCCUCUUUCCCCCAGCUGGCUCUACCUGUCCUGCCAGAGAGCAGCGGUGGAGCGCAGAGCCAGCUAAAUUGCGUAAGGUCGGCUAACUUGUGGGUCAAAUGUAGGCCAGAGUGCCGGGCAGGCUAAGCCAGGCUGGGCCGAACAAAGGGACUAUCUGCGAGAGACAGGCAAGAGAGGGCAGGUCCAGAUAAAAGAGGAGAGGUUUAUCAUGAGCCCAGCCGCAGACACUCUCAUCUCCUCCUUUUUCCACCCUCUAACGGCAGUAACUGUGAGCAGAAAAAAGGCUGAAAUUAGCAGGUUGCUCCAACCUGUAGGGCAAAGACGAGUGUGUGAACAACAGUACUACCUACACAAGGCUAGCAGCGUGGGUGGGAUUUACCCAACUUCAUCUUAAGCACAGGGAGAAAUCCUCCACUACUGCUGGAGAGCCCGAUUUUUCAAUGCCAAGGAAAAUAUCGCUCCAAAUUCACAAACACAUACUUUCAAACAGCUGCUUUCAAACUUCUCUCUCACUUUUAACAAAGGGGGGCUUUUAAACUGUUGUAAAAAAAAAAAUCUGAACCAAAAGGAACAUAUCAGCAAAGAGCAGUGCUCACCAGCCUCAUGUCGUCCUGCCUGUGAAGCUCAGAUGUCCCCGUGAGAAAGCUCACUUGUGUUUUCUAGACAGACAUGCCUCAAUAAGUCAGGCAAAAGGCACAGUAAACCUUCCAUGGAAACAGGCACUGCUAUCAUAACUGCUGCACCCCCCGCCGGUCUGUGUUAUGCCUACAUUUAAACAUACAUUUUCUCUUAAUGCUUCGACACCAUAAUUAGAAAUAGCUUCCUCCAUGAUCUGGCCAAACCCUUCCAGACCAUGUUGUCAUCAUGCCAUCUUUAUGCGACCACCGACUCAUCCCACCCUUGCCACUGCAGUCCCAUGCUUCACACUACAUGCAUGUUAAAAGGUCCGCCUGGGAAGCGUUGAGGCUGUUUGAGGCGGUCUGGCAGGUGUAAGUUCAUGAAUGGCGGGCCUUGUCCUCCGUUCCCUCACAGCAGCCAUCUCUCUUUAAAGCUGUGAAGAAUCAGCUCUGUCACAAACAUCCUCCAGAAAGAAAACAUCCCUUAUGUAGAUCCAAAUGCAGUAAUUUCCUCAAAACACAACAAGAUGUUAAAAUAGCUUCCAGGCUGCAGGAUGACACUUUGAAUGGCACCGAUAAGCCGCCACGUUUGAGAGGGUUGAACAUGUACCGCGUCUGAAAGAACAGAAAACAAACUUCCUCAGAUUGCUUUUGAGCAGCUUUUGAUGAUGUUACCCAUAACCUUUCUUUGUCAUAGUCAGUUUUUGACUCGUUUUGUAACUUUCUCAAAUAAAAAAAGAAAAAAACUAAACAUCUUAGUAGCUUGCCAAGCAGGUUUCAUUCAACAACUCUUAUUUCAUAAACUGCACAUUUACCUCAGGGUCAACAUCCGCAAAGCAAAGCAGAUACGGGAGAGAGUUUGUGGACUUCAUGUAACAUCCUUUGCUGCACAGAAAUGUCAGCCAGCCCCCUUUCUACACCCUAGGUGUCCCUGGGUGCUCACUGCUGGUCAGUGUCCCGCCACACUGGAAACACAGGAAUGCCUCCUCAGCUCCAAGGGGGCCUGUAAUGUCUUCAUAACAUCCUACAGUCCUGCUAUAAGCGCUGGGCACUGUGGAGCUGUUUUAAGUGUAAUGCCCCUUUAAACACCUUUGACUUAUAGUGUCAGUGGACUUGCAGUAGGCCACAGGAAGCUCCUACCAUCUGAAAACAAACAGACUGUGACUGUGUAAACAACAACCCAGUCUAUCCAUCCAUCCAGACUGCAGCAGCGACAGAAAGGCCUCCGCAGGCAGUGUGUCUCAUUCUUUUUACUCUCACUGUACCAAAUCUACUUGAAGAAUUCAACACAAAAGGCCAUUGAACACGCUUUUGUACAUGUCCAUUUUUACUGUAUGUGCUUUUAUUAUCGAAUGAUUCUUAACCUCUAAGGAAAAAAAAGGUGUUUGAAACAUUUUUUCCUGGAUUUUCCAUUGUCUUCAGGUCAUUUCAGCAACUUUUUUGGAAUCUAUGACAGCAUUAUGGUUGACUGUUUUCUGUUGGGCUGUUUAAAGGACCGCAUGAUGUUUUAGAAAAGAAAGAAAACGCCCCACUGAUGGGUGUUAACCCCUUUAAUCUGAAACACUUUACACUCUGUUGAUGUCAGGAUUCGGGUUAUUUCAGAUAGCCCGUUAUCCAAAAAUUAAUCGGAAAAGGAAAGGAUUGUUUUCUGAGGGUAUGGGGGGAAAUUACGAAAAAGGAAACUUCCUGACCUCUAUGUACGACUAUUUCAGAUGGUUUGACUCAUUUUCUUUAUGAUUUAGGUUCUUUUGAAAGUUUUCCAUAAGAAUAGACCACAGCAUUGUGAGUUAGCAAUGUAGUCAUAAUAAUUUUUACUGUUGCUUUUUUUGUCUCAUAUGAAAUGUUAAAGCUUGUAUAUUUUUUUCAAAAUCAUACCUCUUGAAAUAUUUGACUUUUUUUGUUGUACCUUCAUAUCUUUUCAGAACAUCCAUCAUGUAGCUUUUGUUUGCUUAAUGAGUAGCACAAAUAGGUGGUUUUAUUUGUCCCUACUUGAAUGAAAAAAAGAAAGAGACUUUUUUUCUGUAAAAACAAAAGAAAAAAAAAACACUGGGCUACAUUUUAUAUAAUCAUCCCAUGUUGUCAGGGUCCUGCACAUCCUUGUAAAUUAAAAAAAAAAUCUUUCCAGGAAAUAUUAAAACCUUUUUUUUUGUGUUACAAGUAUAUUUAAACCAUCCUUACUGAGCUCCACACUUUGUCUUACUUUCAACAUUUUCUAUGAUGUCAGCUGUAACAUACUGAGAAACUCCUUGUCAGCAUUUUUUAAUCCAACUAGAAGAUUACAGACUGAGACAUCUGUUAGACGAGGAUUUAAACAAUGACAAAAUGGAAAAGCAAGGUUUGUAGAAAAUGUUCACAAAUGUACCAGUUACUGUCUUUUUCUGCUAAUUGUGAAAUUCUAAGAAGUGAAUUGAUUGUUGCCUAGUAUGUAAAGAACUAACAUUUGAUGUGUUUAAUAUAAAAAAAAGGUCAUAAUAAUUACAGGAAUAUAUCACUGAUCCGACCGUCUCAACUGAAAUAUUCAUGACUGAUCUCAUCAGACGAGCAUGCUCGAUGCGAUUAUGUGCCAAAACUAGAACAGAAACUUCGUAAAGAUGAUGAUGAUACAAAUGUGGGCAAAAGAAACACCUAUAGCUACUAUCAGACAUUUAACAAACUUGUACAGUUUUAUAAAGUGUGACAUGUUUUUAUGUAAUGUACAGUAAUAUUUCUUUUCUGCUUUAUGUAAACAUUUUGAUUGUGUAGCUUUGUUUUCAUUUGGUUCUUGUUAUUUAAUUUGUUCUUCCUCUUUUUUUUUUUUUUCCGCUGUACAAUACUCGAGUAAUGUAUGAUGGCUUAUUACAGGUAUUUUUAGACAUAAACAAUCUUAAUGAUAACAAAUGCCCGACCAUUCCAAAGGAUUGAAACUGCAUUUGCUAUAAUUGUGCUGCUUAGAUUGACCUGAUGCAUUUUUGUAGGUUAUGAAUAGAAGUCUGUCUUGACUGUGAGGUUUUUACACAUUGUGAGUUGUGCACAAGGUACGUUUCUCAUUGUCAGCAUUUCUUGGGUUUAAUCUCUCCUCACUUCUCAUCGGGCUCUUUGUGGAGGCAAAGCCAAUUUGAACGAACAGCAUACAUGCAUAUUUGGUGAUAUCAAACCAUUUUAAAGUCAAGGGUAUGUCACGCAUGUUUCAAAGGCCUGCGGCUUCCUAAGCCAUGGAUAAUAUGUGAGAGGCAGCCAUGAUAGGAGAGAUUGAUUCUCGAGCAGUGAGAAGGAGCGUUGAGUUUUUCGCAGCUCUUUAGAAGCUCCACAGAUUCAAGUUGUUACCAAAGGCUUUGAAGGGAAAGAUGAAUGUUGCAGUAAAUUUUGAACCCAGUUUGGGUUCAACUUUACGUGCCGUAAGUGUUGAUCGAUGGAUGUUGUGCUUAAAAUGGACCUUUUUCUACAUCUCAAAUGAGUAACUUUUGUUAUUUUUUUAAUCGUAAAAGCCAACAAAUAUCUUAAAGGGUUUAAAAAGAAAAAAAAAAAAAAAACAGAAAAGACUGAGUUCACCGGCAGUAUAGCGACCAUAUCUGUCACUGAUCAAGCGGACCUGCUUGACUGCCUGAACCGAGUGUGCGGCUCGUUACUCGAGAAAUGCACAGUGACAAAAGUUUUUUUGUUGGAUAUUUUUGCCAUCAAAGGAUUAGUUUAUCGAAUGACCUCCCUUUCGUAACAGAGAGCCUCUCACCAGCCUCUUGGUUCUGUUUCCUGUUUCUGUUUUGUCCUCAGUGUACCUCCUCAGUGUAAUGUCGCUCUCUUAAUACCUCCGUGCGUUUCUCCUCUGCCCAUCACCAUCAGUUGCCUGUUGUAGUGACUCCAUGGUGCUGCCUCCCCUCUCAGCACCAAUAUAAUCUAAUCUGUAAAUAACUCUCGACUCAGCUAUGGCCAGUACAUCCAAUGACCUCACUCUAACCCUUCAGGUGUCAUUUUUUUCUCUCUCUCUCAGCAAACCAAAAUCACUACAUUCAAGUAUUACAGUUGUACAGUUCCUCGGACUCUACCACAUUCAAUGUGCUGGUCUUAGCUGCUCUGCUGUACCUUUUUAUGGCAUUAUUUUUUACAUGUUAGACAAUAUAUUGUGACCAUGUCCUAUGCAAAUAUGAAAAUAACAGAUUGUUGAAUAAUGUAUGUUGUCAUAACUUGUAUGCAUGAAAUAGUGAAGUUUACAUUUGGAAAUAAAUUCAUAAAAUAAGCAGCUAUAAUUUCUUAUGUGCUCAUUUCCUCUGUUGUGAAUGUGAAAGUAUUUUAGCAGUUAAAAGAAUUUAACACAUUUUAGGACAGACGUACUGGCAGACACUAUAAAAGGGCUAAUUGUGUGAGAAGACAGAAAUUAUAAGACCAACAUUUACUUACAAAAAACUGCAACUCAACUUUUAAAAUGGUGACUUUAAAAGCUGCUGUAGAUAGUGCGACAAGUUAGCUAUACCUUCAUAUUUCCAUUUUUUUAUGCUUGGUUAAGUAUAUGAGCUGUUGGUUGUGACCAUGAAGUUAUUCUUUAGAGAUUUUUACAUUCAAACUCAUAUUUUAAAGAACAUAUUUCUCAAAUUCAAUAAACUCAUGCAGCCAUGCUCUUAUAUAACCACCCAAAGCUACAUGUCUUAAGGUCCUUACACACUGGGGCUGACAUGAAUAUAGAACACAAAAUUACGAAAUAUUCGGAAGCGAAUAUUGACGAACCUGACUAUACACAUCAAGCCUGAUGCGAUUUUGUGACUUUCAGGGGGGAAAAAGACACAUCCCGGGUGGAAGCGAGAAGACUGACACAACACCAGACUGACUGUUUCUCAGUUCUGAUUAGACACUAGUGUUGAGAUGGCUGUCUGUCAUGAUAGCAUGUACUGAGUCGGGGCCAGUACCAGAUAAGAACAUUAAACUAUAAUCCAUAAACAUAAGGUAACAACCGAGACCUAAUGGUGCUGUGACAGCAAUGGGAUUGAGUUUGAGAUAGUGAAAAUACAUAUGGUAUGUUGUAUCUGAACAGGUUAGCUUACGAGCUAAAGUUACUUAGCACAGAUGAAAGUUAAAACAAAGACGUUUAGCAAACUGUUAAAGCACACAAACCAUCGUCAUAUGAGAGAUCCGACGCUAUGACUCUCCACAAGUUGUCCUUCAGGUCGUGAUCUUUGUAAUGUUUGAGUCUUUUAUCAAAAAGCACUCUGUUCUCUGACACGUAAACAAUUAGCCAGUCGGCCAUGUUGGAUAUAUAUAUAAUCGGAAGUCGCAACAACACGCAAUCUGAUUGGUCAGAAGUGCACACACAGUAUGCGAAACUUUAGAAAAAUUGACUAUGAUCGGAAAAAAUAAAAGCUACAAUAUCGCAGGAUGGGAAAACACUUGUAUUGAUAGGGUUCGAAAAAAAAAUAUUGAAGUCUGAAAUAAUUGUACGAAAAAAAAAACGGUCCCGGUGUUAAAGGACCUUUGGCCUGAAGUUAAACACUCAAAUAUAACAAACAAAACCAAGUGGUCUUAUGUAGGGUGACCUUAAGUAGGGUGAAGGGGCAGAGUCACGUGUAGUAAACUUUGAGGGUUUUUCAGCUCAGUUUGUCCAAGCUACACAAACUCAAAACUUCCAUACAAAACCCCGGACAUUUGAAGGAUUUUAAAAACUCCACCGGACAAGGCCAGACAAGGCUGGGCAGCCCCCCCAAAAAGAUGACAUGUCCGGGUAAAAGAGGAUGUAUGGUCACCCUGGUCUUAUGAUGCUGUUUAACUUUAAGGAGAGAAAAAAAAUCUUUACCCCCUAACUUUAGCUCAUUGUUUCCCAAGCUGCUUGUUGUAUCCUGCAAUAUUAUUAUUUAUGCAUUAAUCUUCUCACUUAGCUCUCAGAGGGAAAGUCAGUCCAGAAGUGUUUAAGUGUUUUUAUUUAACUGCAAUGUCACAGCCAACCAGCGAGCUUAAAUUAGCCACCACAAGCUAACAGUCACACCGAAUAAAGAGGCUGUGGACACGACAAAACUCACUACAUGAAUACAGACCUAAUCAAAUGUUGAUUUUAUAACAUGCUUCUAUGAUAUUAAUAUUUUUUGAAUCAGUUUCAUGACAUUUUAAAUGAGCGCAGGAAUCCGUGGAGAAACGUCAUUCAUUCGUGCAGCCUUUUUCUCACAAGGCUGAAGUGUUUUUCAGUAUUAUUUUGCAACAGGAAGUACACCUUCUUCCUGCACUUCACCCAUGCAAAUAUUUACAGUAACUGCUGGGGUGGCAACAAUAGGUGGGGCACCGAAAGCAGGGGACUCCUUCCUUCCUUAUUGUGUGUGUCAGACCAAACAGACUGACAAGUUUUGGGAAGUUUUCUGAGCGUGACCAACGCGUUUGCAACUUUAUAAAGAAUGGGUGAUUCAUUUAAAACUGUAGCCGCCCCCAUGUGCAAAGUGUACUCUUAAAUUAGAAAAAACAGAUUUUCUGCUUAGUAAUAUCAACGCCAACAUGCUUUUAUACCUCUCUUGAGCUGAGUGCACCCACCAACACCAACAGAGAUCACAGGUGUGGCCUUUCCUGCUCACAGGAAGAGGAAGAGAGAGACAGAAAUGAAGGCAUUCAAAUCGUGGAUGAGAAGCCUGGUGUUCUCCCUGCUCAAUCUGUACACCUCCUGUCUCUGGGCAGGUUGGAUCUACCAACACACCAUGCUUCACCAACAGACAAGCUGCCACCCCUGGCACCACAACACAUUUUGGUGUGCCAUCACAGCCGGCAUGUUCCCAGAGCUUGUUUUUUAUAUUUGUGUGGCAUCACAAGGGAUGUCUUCAUGGUUAGCUUUGAUGUGCUUAUAUUUAACUCAUUUUUGAAUAUUUUUCAGCUCUGAACAUGAGGACAGAGCUCCUAUCAGAGAAAAUAAACACCUAAAAAUAAAAAUCCACAGGUCCAGCAAUGGUAAAGUCUCGCAGAGCUGUAUGCAGACCACUAACUGGGCUAAUUCACACUUAUCUUGUUGCAUUACAAGAAAGAUCUGAGGUUCUGUUGGUUGUGUGGGUGAGGCGCAUACACUCUCUGGGCUGCAUGUCUUUUAGUGACGUGUUUAUUCUCGAGAUGACACAUUUCCCCUCUGUAGUGAGUUUUAUUGCUGCAGAUGCAGGGCAAAGUACAAACAGCUCUAUGCAAAGUGAGAGCACAUCUCUGCUGGUAUCACCCCGCAGACAGGAUGCGGGGGUGGAGCAGGUGGUUUCAGUUUGAGUGAUUUAUCUCUUUACAGUCACACCUUUUCUUUGGAUUAUCAGCUUUAGAGCAUCCCGUCUCCAGGUGAACGUCGGCAUGAGGAAUAAACUCAUCCGAAGAGUUGUCUUUAGAGUGUUUUCUGAUGGAAAGUACAAUGCUGUGCGCAAGGAAGAUGGAAGAAGAGGAUAGAGGGGCAUGGCGGGUGGUGUGAGUCACUGAUGGGUGCACCCAACCUUAGACACACUCAAAGACGAGCGUGUGGGAGGCCUGGUGGGCUGCUCCACUGAGGUGUGUGGGCAUCGCUGACUAUAAGACUCUGUGGAAUUAAUCCACAGAGAAGGAAAGGAGGGAGAUGUGGUCAGCAGCGGCAGCAGUGGUCCUAAUCACACAGAGAACCGUGUGUGAGUGUGUGUGAAAGAGUGUGUGUGUGUGUGUUGGUCCCUCUUCCUCCAUGCCAAGCCCCAGAAGGCAGGCUGAGGGGCCAUGUGAUGCCACCCACUCUCGAGUGCAGUGCAUGGCAGGGCUGGCGCUAGAUCCUGCAGAGCGGGUGGGAUGAGCUCAGAUAUUGGAGGCUGGCACUGGCUGAGAACAAGGCUUAGCUUUGGGAGGGGGGAGUUUGGCCUUACCACACACUGCAGCAGAGGCAUCAAAGCCAGAAACAGCCCUUAAAAUACUAUCGAGUGGAUAGUACGAUGUUAGUAGUUGGACAAAGAGGAGAGGAUCUUAUUAAGCCGUGGAUGUGGGUAAUCAUUUCAUGUUUUAAUUCCACAUCUUAAUUCGACAACUGCUUAGCAUAAAUAUCAAUAUUUAUGAACUAUUGUGCUGCAAUCAGGCCUGUAAUUGGUUCUAAUCAGAGAUUGUAUGGUCCUAAUUGUUGGAGGAAGAGGACAGAUGCAUCAAAAAGAAAGAGACAAGGCAGUUUAGAUUUUCUGCACCCUUUUCUUUUUCUUGAAAUGAGUCUGAAUUUGAAAAGGCUUGAGUGAAUUUGACAACAUGGAGGCUCUGUUGUGCUGUUUGAGAGGAAGAGAGGCCUGCCAAAUGAUGCCUCAUAGAGCUCUUUGUUGCCUUGAAAAGCAAAGGGAGGUCCCUCAUGCAAAUUCAAAGGAAAUUCUGAGAAAAGGGGAUCCAAGAAAGGAGACAAUGUACUCAGUCUUAUUCAGUGCUUGUAAUGGUAGAUGCAGGAAAGAGAGUCCAGGAUUGUGCUGCUCUGGAGAAAAGAAGUCCUCAUGUGGCAUUGUGUGACUAACAUCAGACAUCACGUGGAGGUGUAAUUCAUCUUAACAAGUCAGAUUAUUAGUAGCCGCAGUCCACCACAGUGACCCGGUGCUGAAGUCUGAAGGUUGAGUGUAACCCACGGCGUUUUCUCUGGCGGUUCAGUCACGAGACUGCGCUCUCAGUCAGAAGUACGCGAGUCAUCCCACACACAACAGGCUGCUGCCCACUAAGCAACCUUCUCCUCACUUAAAAAUCCACCAACUCAGUCAGCUGCUCCUGUACAGACUGUGCAUUCUUGAAAAAGCAAAGGCUAAUUUUACAUAACAGAUCAUUAGGUGACAAAUAUUUUAAGAAAUCCUCAGAGAUUGUAGUCUCUGUGGUCGUGGCAGACUGUUUUUUUGAUUAGGGUGGCCCUGACUUUUGUAGGGGUGGCCAAGCAAUCACCACUAAUGACACCCAAAAGAAUCCAUGUACAGUAUUGAACUUAAGAGUUUCUUAACAAAAUGUCAUGACUUUGACCUAAAAAGAUCUUCACUCACUAAAACUGAUACUGAUGAUUUCAUCUAUGAAGAGCUGCAGCUGAACUACGUACAGUCAAGAUACAUUAUUCCUCAAUGCUCAUUGAUGGGUGAUAACAGGAGCACAUGAAAUGACUAACCAACUAACUGACAUCAAACGUGAAACCAAGAGAUUUAAAUUUGUUUCAUGUUAAUGAGGAAAGAUGUGAGAAAGUGAGUCAGAUCACGAGUGAGCUAAACAUCUCAAAAACUAGGGAGAUCCAUGAUCAGGACUCUGCUCUGAUAAAGAAAAACAGAACUGAACUGCUUGAGCCAAUAACACAUCUGGUGAAAAGGUCAAAACAAGAACUUCUCCGUAAUAGCUAGAAAACCAUCGGUCCAAGAUGUCAGACUUGAUAUCUUGGAAGCAGUUUCCCAAAACUUGAAAAAGGCUUUCAAUAUUGUUGACUAUAAAAUGCUGUUAGCCAAACACCCUAAUUUCAAUUCUCUGGUCAGACUUUUCCAAUAGUUUGAAUCACCUUUGUGGUAGAACGCAAUAUGUUAUAGUUAAUGAGAAAAGGGGAAUUCCUCAGGGGUCAGUUUUAGGACCGCUGCAUUUCACUUUGUACAUUGACAACCAACCCGAGAGCUGUCCAAAUGUACACAGAUGAUAAAAUUAAUUGUGCAGCUGGUCAGAAGAGAUAACUGAUUGGUCAUCAAUGCUUCUAGUGUAGGGUUAAGAGUGUUUCGGCUGUGGUGGUGCACAAUAUGGUAUCUUACAUGGGGCCCAGAAUUCCUGGUGGUGCUCCUGCACAGGGCAAAUCCCCCAGGCCAGGAUGUUUUUCCAAAGUUUCAUGCAAACCCAUCAGGUUAAGACACAUAAAUCUUGACUAGCUGCUAAGUAAUGGGGCCUCAAACAAACAAUGAUAAGUGGAAGAUUAAGAAACAGAUUUGAACCUCCUUGAAUUUGACUUGUCUUUCCCUCAGGAGAUGGAUUUCUCAGCAUCUGAAAAUUAAUCUCAAAUGUAGCGAGCCUAUCCAAAAAUAUCCAAGAUGAAUUGAUACCAUUUGUCACGUUUCCUGUCCUCACGUGCAGAUCUCUUAUCAUACUCAGCCAUGAUAUUGAUGGAGAACUCUUCACAUUUGCAGAUUUUCUGCUGCUUUUCCAAGAUUUGUCUCACUGCGUGGCGUCAGUCCUGCCAAUAUAGGAAUGUCUCUGGAGAGGAAAGGCAGAGUUACAGCUCUAAAGCUGGAAUGCAGCCCUACUUGGCUGUUCACUCCCAAGAAUCUCAACUCUGUUACCUCAGAGCAACUUUGGUGAAUACCAUCCCAUUCAUUAGGAGUCCAGUUAACCAAUGUGUUUACAGUAAAGAAAAUUUUCAACAGCCUGUCAAAACCAGUGUUGGAGCAUUACAUUUCUUUGACAGUUUUGUAGUCACUAGGAGAAGCAAAAGGUUGUUUUAACGCUGCCUUCCAGUUACUUCAGAGAGCUGGGAAUGACGCUACACUCGAGUUGACGGCAUUACAGUUAACAAGUCGGAAAACGAAGACGGACGCCCACUGUAAGCCAUUGUUAACAAUUGUCAGCUGUCGUUAGCGAUACCAGUUGUAAACAACGCACAACACAGUAUUUUACUCUACAAACACCAUAGCACUGUGUUCAGAGUUAGACUUUGGGCCGAACAACAUAUACCACUUACUUAAUUUCAUAAAAACAAAACAUAAGUGCUAAUAAAUAAAACAUUGAGAGAGCUUUUACCAUCACUCUUUACUGUUGAUGCACUGCACUGCCAUCUUGAAUUAUGACGUCGUCAAGUCGGGGUUGGCGAGGAUCGUCUGACUUUCUGAGGCUGAAAUCCGACUUCAGAGGGGCGUUCCCAUAGACUGUAUAUAGAAUGGACAGAGUCUGCCUCCUCGCUGGGUGAAGCCACUGCAAAAACAGCUCCCUCUGGUGACAGGCUGCAGUAUAGGUCAUAAAUCCAGCCUCCACCAGCCAUCGUUAUGGGGCUGUGGACAAACUUUAGACAUUUAUUACACAGAAUAUACAUUUUUCUCAUCCCUGCUUAUGAUGUUGACAUGUAGUUACUGUAAGACUGGUUUGUGCUCAAGUCCUCUUUUUUCUGUACAGCUCAGUUUUAAAAGUUAUUAUGGGGUUCAAGUUUUCUAUGAUUGACACUUGGUACAGCCUAUGGGUGUACGAAGAUUGCGUAGCUCACCCGGGGGAUACGCUGUUUGAGCCGCGCGUCGUCACAGGGACACUCCCGCCAAAUGCGCACAAUGCUACUAUGCAAGUGGUGAGGUACGUACAACGGUACUGCGCAAUGUUGGCUUCAGGAAAUGGGAAGAAAUGCGGAAUGACAUGGCUUUUUGGCUUCAAAUCCGUAUAGUGGUGGAAGGCAGAACCAAGUUGUUUAUAGAAUAUACAGUCUAUGGGCGUUCCAGAUGAAUGACUCGGAGCUCGGAAAUCGGGAUUUCCGAGUACGACUGGAACGCAGCAUAAGUCUUCAGAGGCUCUGAAGGAGUCUAAGUUCCACAGUGAUGUGAGAGGGUUGUCUUGGCAACAACAGCUUGGAGAAAUUUCAAUCAUUAUUUCAUGAGUCUGUUUUCAUACUAGGACACUGUCUUUGAAAUUCUAGAAGAAACUAUAUGAUGAAAACAUUUGAGUUACAUUAUUUAAAUGUAGGACUCUGUAAUCGGAUGUUUCAUCUCAUCUUCAACAAAAAAAAAAAACAGGAAGAAAGUGUGUAAAUAAGACACGGACACAGCAUGUUUGUAACAAUAAACUAUUUUUUUUUUCAUAUUUACAUCUGUACCUAAUGUGCAAAUUAAUAAUUUAAAGUAGUGUAAAACUCUUAAAGGAAUACAAAAUCAUAUCUUACAGUCCUAACAUGGUGAGAGUCCAUGAACUGGUCACAUAGAAACAAAGAGGAGCAACACUGCAGUGUGUACAGGAGAGAGAGAGAGAGAGAGGAAGAGAGAGAGAGAAAGAGAGAGAGAGAGACAGAAGCGAACCCGGGGAGCAGUGGACAUCCUUGGCCAGGACACACUUAGUUAAGGACAGCAUGGUACAUUAUCCAAGCAUCACCAGAACAAACAGCAACACUAACACUGCGUCGUUACAGUAGUCAUGUCGAAUGAGCAGAAAGCACUUGGAGGCCCGGGGUUUUACAUACCCACUGAUUGGUUAAAGCACUGAUGAUCACAAAGGCUUGAGGUGCUCUUAGCAGCAGGUGCUUUGUAUAACGGCCUCUAGAUAUGACGGGACAGACAAUCUUACACUGGACCGGUGACACAUCUAUACUGCAGGUCACCACAUAGUGCUAGUAGCAUGGUUGCACACUUGUGUUUUUGUGUGUGUGUGUAAAGAGGGGAGGAGACACGUAACCACACAUCAGAAAAGUACGUAUCAGCCUGCUCUCACUACCCACAAUUCUUCUCAUCUAACACACACCAAAUAGAGUAAUUUACAGGUGACUCGGAGAAACACGCCAUAAACACUGCAUAUUUGAGAGGCAGUUCAUCCUAUGCACAUCGUUUGGUGUUUGCCACAUAAAACAUUUUGAAAACUCGAAGAAUCGUAAAUUGGUUAAGAAGCCAGUUUGGCAGUGCGUGUGGUCAUUAAGAGGUCAACUACAGGCAAAACUGUGAAAUGACAGUUGACAUAAUAUUUGAGUCCAAUUCUUGACACAGCAAACCUUUGCACCGUGGUUAGGAACAAAAGUACACUUAACAAAUGAGAUAGGUUUACAUUUCAUCCUAAUCCAACAUUACGAUCUAUAAUGUUUACACAUUUGAAUUCCUGUAGUUGAAAUUUGUUUACAAAAGCACACCGUGACACUCCUUUACAAUUUACAAGACACAUUUAACCUACAGUAACUAUAUUAUUGGUGCAUAGACAAAAUUGGGAGAGGGUGUAGCAAAAAUCACCAAUUUAUUGCUUUUAAGUCUAAUAUUAAUCUCCCGUUCAAUUUAUUUUUGAUUGCAAACAACUACAAAUUUUCCACAGAGAUUUUUGAAGAACCAAGCAGAGGUAUUGCAUUCAAACUGAUUAAAAGAGCUAAAAUGUUCCCUCCUGAUGAGAUGCAAAUAUUUUGCACUUUAAAAAAUAAAGAGCUUUUUUUUUUUCUUCUCAAAUACAGAGUUACAUCACAUAGAGAUGACUUUUACUCUAAAACAAGUAAAAGACUAAAGACAGAGAAAGAAAAAAACGAACAGAAAAGCAAAACUUCUGGCCAAAGCUGCUCACUGUUUCAAAUUCUGCUUCCCCCAUCAUAAACUAACAAGGGAAGGGUGACAGGAAUACAAGAGCAUUCUUCAACAGAAAAGGGGAAACAUUUGCCACCAUGUUAUUGGAAAUGCAGAGUGCAGAUGCUGUCGGUUUCCUCCAGUCUCCUGUGGCCUUGCUGACAAGUGGCUGAAGUGACUGUGAUGGCUAUGCGGGCCUCUGCACUUUGCUCUCCCUCUCCCUGCGUUUCAGCUCCUCUCUGUAGCAGUAGGAGCAGUAGUUGUCUGUCUCUGGCCGGCCAUAGAAAGAGCAGUUCUCCCUCUUGCAGCGGCGCUGCUGAAAGCAGUACAAAGGGCUUCCAGAGCUCCGCCCUUUGGUUUUGUCUUGGUUUAGCCAGGUGUGAGACGAGUUGUCCUCAUCAGCAUACUCCAGGCAGUCCUGAAUGUCUCCCGCGUGGAACCCGUUGGUGUAGGUGUGGGACUUGUGUUCGCCAGGCAUAUUGUAAGAGAGGGUCUCUAUGGUGUUAACAGUGCGGACCCCUGACAGGCGAGCGGGGCUGUAACUCUGGGAUGAAAGUGUGCGGUUCUGCUGGGGGUAGGUGGCGCAUGUCUUUAGGGUGCCCACCACAGGCUUAUUAUAGGGGUCGUCCUGGAAGAUGGAGGAUUGCAUGUUGACAUCUUGUAAGUGGAUCACGCUGUGCCUCUGGAUGGGCGGUGUAUGGCUGUAGUGAGCAGACACAGGUACAGGCCCAGGUCUCUUAGCACCAAUACUGGGGGAGGAGUAAGGCGCAGGGGCUGGGGCUGGGUGGGAGACGUGGUGUGAGACUGUUGGUGGGGUGAGCGGAGGGGCUGGGGAGGAAACAAGAGGGGCUGCAGGAGUGGGACUGUUCCUGCCCUGCAUCUUGAGCUGUGAGUUGUGGUUGUAGGUGUGGGUGUGAUGGGGCAGGAUGGGAGAGCAGCUCUCCGGUGGCGAGCUGUCCGACCUCUCCCUCUGGAAGACACUCUCAUGCUCAGGUUUCUUUGCGGCCACGUCGUUGGUGACCGGGGGCUUCUUCUCAGCCUCCUUCCUCUUCUGCUCCUGCUCCUGGCUGAAGCGCUCCUGGGCGUUGGUCAGGUAGUAGCUGAUCAUCUCCUCGUGAAACUGGUGUCGAUGGCUGGUGAGGAGGAGGCCCGCAAAGAUGAACUUGCGCUCCCCCUGCAUGGCAGCCCGCAGGAUGUUGAGGCUGAGCUUCACAUCCGUGCUGUAUUUCCAGUUUUCCAGGCUCUUUUCCCCUGAGACUCUCCCUGUACUGUCCUGCCUCUCCGUGGGGGAGGAGCUGGAGGGUCUAUCUGUAGGGGAGGGACUCGUAGCCUUCUCAGAGGAGGUGGAGCUGGCUGAUUGGCCCGAUUCCUCCUUGCUACUCUUUGUUGUUUUGGACUCCUUCUUCUUUGUUUUUUCUCCUCCGUUCUCUCCAUUUCGACCUGAGCCAGAGUUAGAUUUGUUCAUUUUGCCGUGCACAAGGCCUCCCAAACCUCCCAUGUUCUUCUUCAACUUGAUCCCCAGGGUUUUGCUGAAGCUACCCAGUUUGUUGGCUACAGAAUCCGCCCGACUCUUGUCUUUGUCCUUGCGCUGCUUCUCUUUGUCCUUCUCCUUGCUGGGCUUGCCGUUGUUGACAUUAGAGUUGCUGCCCACAGACUCACGGUCAGAGUCCAUAGACUCAGCCAGAGACUGGACAUCCUCACCUGCAGAGGCUGUGGGAGACUCUGGCUGAGCCAGGGGAGCCUGUACAUAGACAAACCACACACACACAAACACACACAGCAAUGAAGGGAAACACUAAAAACAUGGUGCUGACUGGUUUAAGUUAUAAUUCAGAACACAUUAAAAGUUUUGAAGCAGACAGAUUCUAAAGUUUCCCACACAGAUUCGCUCCAAAACAUUGUUCUGAGUAUAUUGUUAAGAGUUGAGCUAGUUGCUGAUGAUUUACAAUCAGAAGUACACAGGAAUGCCUGAGAUUAUUGCAUCUGACAGUAAAUAAAACUGAUUGAUUAGACUGAGUAGUUUCCAGAACAUCUGGAACAGAGGAGUUCCUGUAGGGCCAAAUUAACCGUGACGAACACAACUCAUGUGUGAGGAAAAAGUUACCCUUGUUUCAGAUGGAAUACGGAUCCAUGUUACAUUCAUGUAGUUGUGCAGCAGGUUGAGUUUGGCCUCCAGAGACAGGAUGAGACUGUAGGAGAACAUAAAUACACGAUUAACAAGCUGUGGGAUUACAUCGCUGACAUUUCUCAUGCCGAUGCACAUUAGUGGGUCUGACGAUGAUAUUUGAUCUGUAAUUUAAGGAUCUGCUAUCAGAGAGUGGAGCAUCUUUUUUUCCUGAGCUGGUUCAUUCUGCAGCUUGUUGCAGGAUAAGCUAACCUCAUGACUGGCAGGAAUGUGAAACAGAAACCCUUACAUAAACUUUUUGCUAAACUCAGAGAGGGUGUUGCUGAUUUAGUGAGGCCGUUCCUGGGAAACCCUAUAGAUGACUGACGUGGCUCACAAUUUGUUCUUUCCCUGCUCAUUCUUUGAAGUGACCUGAGCCUCAACUGCAUAAUCAGAGUUAAAUCCCACACACACAGCCACACAGAACUACCUCCACCAGCAGAUUUUUUACUCUCACCCUUCAUGGGACUGCUUUCCUAGUCAACAACCUCUGUGUUCGUUGUUGAUAAGCAUCAACAGUAUGUGAUAUCCUGCUCGACUUACUUGGCUAGCUUGGUGUUAUCAUUGUCAUCCCUCCCCCACUCCCAGUCCCUGCCAGGGUCCACGGCGAAAUGGAGUGCCAGCAGCUUGUGCUCCGAGUCGGUCAGAGGGAUAACAGCUGGAAGAGAUGAGAUUAUCAGAAGGUUAGUUUGGUCUAGCUUUACCACCGGACAUGAGAUUGCACGCAAACC